UGGUGAAGGAAAUGCUCGGGAGUCCCAGUGAGUUUCGGCGACUGUAUCUCUGCUACCACCUACUCUGGGACUGAGCGGAGAAGGAAGGGAAUAUUGUUGUGGUGAGGAGAUGGAAGGAGGCGGAAUACAUAAGAAGCUCUUCAUGGGAGACCAGCAGCAACAGCUCGGAGAGGCCCACAGAGAAAUCUGGAUGGUUUGGUCAAGAAUUCUUCAUAAAUUAUGAAUGGGAGCGAUGAUGAUGACGAUGAUGAAGGCACAUCACACGCAGAGGAUGAGAUUCAAUUUGGGCAGGACUGUUUGCCGUCUCGUGUUUUUGACCCUUUGGACUUUGUCACUGCUGACUGGACUGGUCCAGUCUCACAUCUGCCCCAAGGGCUGCUCCUGCAGCAACCAGUUCAGCAAGGUGAUCUGCACAAGGUUUGAGCUGCGGGAGGUUCCUGACAGCAUCUCAACUAAUACACGCUACCUUAACCUGCAGGAGAACAUCAUCCAGGUCAUCAAGGCGGAUACCUUCAAGCAACUACGGCACCUGGAGAUUCUGCAGCUCAGCAAGAAUCUGAUCCGCCAGGUGGAAGUCGGAGCCUUCAACGGCCUCACCAACCUCAACACGCUGGAGCUGUUCGACAACCGGCUCACCACGGUGCCCAGUGCGGCUUUUGAGUAUCUGUCGAAGCUCCGGGAACUUUGGCUGAGGAACAAUCCCAUUGAGAGCAUCCCUUCCUACGCCUUCAACCGUGUACCCUCGCUGCGACGCCUAGACCUGGGCGAGCUGAAGAAGCUGGAGUACAUUUCGGACGCGGCUUUUGAGGGCCUGAUCAACCUGAGGUACCUCAACCUGGGCAUGUGCAACCUGGCGGAGAUCCCGAACCUCACACCCCUCAUUAAGCUGGAGGAGCUGGAGUUGUCUGGCAACCGGCUGGAGGUCAUCCAGCCCGGCUCCUUCCAGGGCCUCACCAACCUGCGCAAGUUGUGGCUGAUGCACGCCCAGAUCCAAUUGAUCGAGCGCAACGCCUUCGAUGACCUGCAAUCGCUGGAGGAGCUCAACCUGUCUCACAACAACCUGACAUCACUGCCACAUGACCUCUUCACACCUUUGCACCGGCUGGAGAGGGUCCACCUCAACCACAACCCCUGGCAUUGUAAUUGCGAUGUUUUGUGGCUCAGCUGGUGGCUGAAGGAAACAGUGCCCAGCAACACUACCUGCUGUGCCCGCUGCCACUCACCGCCCAACCUGAAGGCCCGCUACAUCGGCGAGCUGGACCAGAGUCACUUCACAUGCUACGCACCGGUCAUUGUGGAACCACCCACCGACCUCAACGUGACCGAGGGCAUGGCGGCUGAGCUCAAGUGCCGGGCGGCCACUUCCAUGACCUCUGUCAACUGGAUGACCCCCAACGGCACAUUAAUGACCCAUGGUUCAUACCGGGUGCGCAUCUCAGUGCUGCAUGACGGCACGCUCAACUUCACCAAUGUGACAGUGCAGGACACAGGCCUGUACACCUGCCUGGUCAGCAAUUCAGCCGGCAAUGCCACAGCCUCAGCCACACUCAAUGUCUCGGCUGUUGACAGCAGCAACAGCUACAGCUACUUCACCACCGUAACAGUGGAGACAGUGGAGGUGGUGGAUGAGCCUCGGUCGACUGAACGCGAGCCUGGGCCCACACCAUCUGGCCGCUGGGAAACACCUUACUCUACCACCUCCCACACCCCCCGUAGCACCAAGUCCACCGAGAAGGCCUUCACUGUGCCCAUCACCACCGAGGUGACAGACAAUAUCAUGGCUGGCCUGGACGAUGUGAUGAAGACAACCAAAAUUAUCAUUGGCUGCUUCGUUGCCAUCACCUUCUUGGCCGCCGUCAUGCUCAUCAUCUUCUAUAAGCUGCGCAAACAGCACCAGCUCCACAAACACCAUGGGCAGACCCGCACCAUCGAGAUCAUUAAUGUGGAGGACGACAUGGCGGAGGCCACACCUGGUGACAGCUGCCUGACUCUCCCAGCUGUUGACCAUGAGCACCUCAACCAUUACACGGCUUACAAGGCCCACUAUAACAACAACACCACCACCACUGGUGGAGGAGGCGGCAGCACCCUGAACUGCACCAAAAACCCGCUUCACAACUCUGUGCACGAACCGCUACUCUUUAAAUCCAGCUCCAAAGAGAACGUGCAAGAGACGCAGAUUUAAUAACAUGCCCACCACUGGUCAGUCAACUCGAUGCUUAAAUGCAAAACUGCAAACAGGAAAAAAAUGGGGAGUGAAUAACUGGCUGCAGAACUGAACGCUUUGUUGCACCUCCAAACCCUUCCCCUCUACCACAGCCCUUCCAAGCCCCCAACACCCCCUGCCCCACCAACGUUUAUCUUCCCCACCCACCCAUUACCCCAAUUACAGUCUAAGACUGUUUCGGCAGAUUAAGGUGUGUAGCAGUCCAGUGUAACACUGUAUUGUAGCUGUCAAUCAGUCCAGUUAUUGACUUGUACAGAUGGACCCAAUAGGGCUGCAAUCAUUGGCAAUGUCUCUUUUCUCUCUUGUUCUGUGUCUCAUUGUAAACCCCUUUCUUGGUUCUGUAGUCCUGUCUGGGCUAUCAUUUUCAGUGUAUCCAUUAGACCCAUUUUCUAAGCUUUGCACUAAGUCAUCUGCUGUCUUCCAUCAGUCCCAUUGUCCUAACUGUACCAUCCGGACAGGUAGCCAUCUGCAGUGUCCCAGUAGACCCACAGUCCUGACUCUUUCAUUGGACUGGUAGCCAUCUGCAGUGUCCCAUCAGUCUCACUUUCCUGACUCUAUCAUUCAGACUGGCAGCCAUUUAUGUAUCCCAUCAGUCCAAGCCAGCAAUAUCCCACUUUGUCCCAUUCUAAUAAUGACUUUCAUGACUCUUCACUCUGGACUGACAGCCAUUUGCAAUCACCAGUGAAUAACCUGGUUGACCUUUCAAACGGCCCCGAAGUUCAAAAAGUCAACACACUUCUGACCAAGAUUAGUGACAUUAUCAUCACAAGGAACAUGAAGCCCUAUAGCAUCUUAUAUUUUCCAUCUGUGGAAUGCAAAUGAGUCAGAAUUUGAAAGGGCCCUAUCUCAUCCUCUGGUGGUCAUUUUGAGGAUGCUUCGGGGGAAAUAUGACAUUGGAUAUACUCAAAACCCAUGUUGCAGGUGAGGAACCAACAUCAGAAUUUCUGCGAUGUGAAGCUACAAAUGAACAGUGUCACUAGGUUGAAUUAAUCUCAAAGACUUCUUGGGAGAUUAUUACAAGCAAGGCUUCAAUGCAGCUGUGGAGAGAGGCAAUGGAACCUCAGGGGGCAGGGGGUCUACAAUGGAAUUCUUUCAGGAAACACCCAACAACGGACCUCUCGUUGAUAUUUUGUGGGCUGUCCUAUCUAUUCCCCUCCAAGAUGUUUAACCAAACAGUCUGUAGGGUUCUGGGAUCUGAGGAAGAUUCUCAACCAAUUAAUCUAACUCCCAUUUUUACAGAUAAACUGUAAGGUCUCAAUUUUGACCCUUGUGAUUGAGCCAACCCCUCCCUCCUAGCUGGGUGACAUUUACGAAUGCUUUCUGUGGAUGCAAGAGGACAUUUUGAAACACCAGCUCUUGAAAUUUGAUUGUGAAAAUACAUGACCCUUUCAAAGGAAAGGGGAGGGGGGUAAGCACGUUUUAAACUCCAUUAUGACAAAAGGAGGUUACGUCUGACGCAGUUUAUUUUUUAAUGGUCUAGUGUAAUGGGCACUGUCCUGUUCUUCUGUCAACAGCCCCACACUGUAGGUCAAAACUGAGAAAAGGGAGCAGGGAUCGCCAUUGCAUGCUCCAAUGUCUAUUCUGUUAUAAGCUCAAUCCUUUCCUUUACACAUGGAUCCAAUUUCCUAGCCCCAGAUCUAUCAGCCAUUUCUGCAGCACAUUCGCCACUCUCUGACUUCUUGUACUUGUCACCUGACUGACAAGAGUGGGUAGGGAGUUGGGUCUCAGUGGGGAGAAGCAAGCCAGCACUUCACUCUUGCGGAACCCAUUUCCAUGAUUAUUGUUCUCUGUUUCUGAACCCUUCCUCCUCUUUCUUGAUGAGGCAAGAAGAUUAAGCAUUGAGUGUAGAGCCCAAAGGAUUCACAGCAAUCAUUAAGUUUUAGUUUCUUUAACAGAAUUAUUCACAAAAGGGUGAGGUUAGAUGAAGGAAAUAUUAGCAACGUCAAAGGUACUGAGUUGCUUCUUUUGUGAUUCUUAAGUAUUUCUGAAGCUUGUUGUGCGGUUCAUAUAAGAAAAAGGAAACACAGUUACUUUAUCUUUUCUGGUAUUAUAUUUAACUGUGAGAUGUAAGGGGUCACAAAAAACUAUACUAGUAUGAGAAAGCCUAAUCAAGACUGGCCUGUCCACUCUUGCCAAAGGUCACUGGAUGUUCAGUUCCUUUCGAAUUCUGGAAUUCCAAAACCUUUGUCACUGGGACAUAGACACAAGCUCGCUCACUCACUCCAAAGUAUGAAGCGCUCUCACAACAGCAUUAAGAAGCCUCAACUGAGAUGGUCCUUAAAAGUAAGAAAAGCUCCCUGGUCUACACUGUGGGGCAACAACAGUCAUGAGGCCAAUCAAAAGCCUGAUACAUGGGAGA